UUCCAGUCAUAUGACGGGUGUAAGCGGUCGAGUUUAGUACAUUGCACGUGAAGUAUCAUUGUAUUUUAAUACUGGGAGGCGUAACAACAGAAUAAACGGGUCGGUUUAAACAGGGACAAACAAGCCUUUUGGGGAGGAAGUAGAUUCCGAAAGAAGUAAUAAUGAAGACGUUUCUUUUAUUUGCUGUGUUUGGAAUAGCGGCUGGCGUCAAGUUCCAGUACAACUCGACAGACCCGUGUGUGAUGAUGGAUGUGGAGGCUACAUUCACCACCACAGCCUCACAAGGGGACAACCAGCUGGCAACAGGUUCUGUGAAGUCAAGUGAAAAACACUCUGUAAGUGGGUCAUGUGGAGAAAAUCAAGCCACGCUGAUCAUCAAUUUCAACAAAACCGAUGCAAAAUGGACACUAAUCUUCAGCAAGAAAGCAGAUACUGUGACUGUAACACUCGACAUGAUGUUCCAGUAUGAUUCUAAGAAGAUGUUCCCCAAGAAAAAUCUUACCCACGUUGUCAUAGAAGAUGAUGAAGGGAUGGAAACGUUGUCCAAGUCGGACCAGUCCUACGUGUGUAAUGCUCAACAGGAAUUCAAGUUCAAGUCAACCUCUAGUAACAACGUAACAUACACUGUUGUUCUUUCACUGAAGAAUCUACAGGUUCAGGCUUUUAACCUGUCUAAAGGAGCAUAUAGCACUGAUGUGAAGCACUGUGCGGCAGAUGUCAAGUCAACAUCCGAAGGGGAAUCAACCUCCUCAGAAAAACCCAGCUCUUCAGCAGAACUCAGCACCUCCGACAAACCCAGCUCUUCAGAAGAACCCAGCACCUCUGACAAACCCAGCUCUUCAGAAGAACCCAGCACCUCUGACAAACCCAGCACCUCCGAAGAACCCAGCACUUCAGAGGUUCCUUCCACCACCACAAGGCCCAUUCCUCAGUUGAAUCAGUAUGAGUUUUCUAAUGGCACAGACACCUGUAUUCGCAUGGAUGCAGGCAUCCUAUUGGCCAUCAUGUAUGAAACCAAGGACAACACAACUAUUUCAUCUAAAAUGUUUGGUGUUCCAAAGAACUACACAUUGGAUGGCAUGUGUGACAUUGAUGGGAAUGCGAGUCUCACUAUCAACUUUGAUAACAACAGUGUCACGUUUGAAUUCACAGACGUCAGUGACACAGCAAGCAUCAAAUCUAUCAGGUUCUCAGUUGUUCAAGAUUCAGUUCGAUUUCCUGAUGCCAAGCAACCUGGAACACGUCUAAAGGGGAAAGUCGACCCACCACAGAUUGCCACCGCUGACACUACCUUCUACACAUGCGAAGAUGGAGAGCCUGUUACUUUCGGUGAUAACUCUACAAUGAUUUUGAGCAGUCUCAAGUGGCAGGCAUUCAACCUGGAUGAUGGCAACUUCACUAAACAAGGAGCACAGUGUAAGGAAGAUGUCACAACAACAUCGGUAGCAACAACAACUCCAAAGCCGCAAUCAGGACCAGUUGUCAAUAAUUUUACAGUGUCAGAUGGUAACACAACAUGUUUAGUGAUGAAGGCAGCCCUAGUCCUCAACAUUCCCUACACAGACAAGAACACAGAGAACAAGACAGUAGAAGUUGUUGUACCAGAUCUGAGCCCGUCUGACAUAACAGGCAGCUGUGGAGACACAGAGGAUUCCGUCACUUUCAGCUUCUUCGGGGGAAUUGGAGUAUCACCAUGGUGUUCACACAAGAUAAAUUAACGAGUCUCACAGCGACCUCAGACACCAAGCAUCAGCUGUCUAAUGUCACAAUCAACUAUGUCUUGGACAGUCGCUUCCCAGAAAUCCCAGUGAAUAAAUCUGGUGAUAAGAUCAGCGUGAUGGCUUUCAACUUAGCUCAGUUUGAAGCAAGCCAGAAGGGAUCCUACAAGUGCAAUGCCAAUGUGACCAUAACAGCUGAGCAUGAUGUGGAGUUGGUAACAUCAAAUUUCCAGUACAAGGCAUUCCAAACAGGAAACAGCACUACCUUUAGCAAUGAUGGUAUGGUUGAGUGCCCAGCUGACACAGAAACCAACAGCAUUGUGCCCAUAGCAGUGGGAGCUGCUCUAGCCGGAUUGGUCGUUAUUGUUCUCAUUGCUUACUUGAUUGGUCGCAGGAAGAGGCGAUCAGGCUAUGAGUCUGUGUAACCACACAGGGAAGAAAGUGUUUGGAGAACAUCUAACCAAUAUAUUGGAUCCAUGAUGUUUCUUUUUCUGAGGAAAUCCCUCCAGGUCAAGAUGACCUUUGUUACUCAAUGACCUGGGUAGAUGGAUUAAUAUGUUUUGGGGAGGGGGACAUUGUGGGGAGGGGGGAUGGCAUGUCAUAGGAACUAUUUUAAGCUGAAAAGUAUGCUUUGAAAUAGCACAGUUCAAAAGGGUGAAUAUGUGGUUUUGUAACAAUCAAAUACUCAAACAACAUAAUAUUUGGGAAUACUUUGCAAGAAUUAAUUAUUUUCUUUUAUUUUUAUUUUUCACUUUUGCCAGUGUGCUUGUACAGAUCAAGGUGUGGUACACAUAUGUGAAGUUGUGUGAGGAACAUUGCUUAAUGAUCCAGUAAAUGAAGGUGCAUUGAAAGAAUCACUGGAGCAAAUCUGUGUAUAUAGUAUAUAUCUAU